GGCAUUCUACAAUUCUACCUGUAGAGCGGGGCUAAAUAUUUGCGCUAUAGAAAUUAAACCAAAAGAAAGUUACAGAGAACUCUGGAAAAUUAUAUCAGAAUGGAUUGAAAUUUGUUAAGUAAAUGAAAAGCUGCUCUAGCAAUCAACAGUAGUUGAGCAUAAGAAAAUAUCUGGAAAGGAGACUGCCAACAUCCAGCCUCGACCAUGGACUGGAAGACCUUCCAAGCCCUACUGAGCGGGGUGAACAAGUACUCUACGGCAUUUGGCCGCAUCUGGCUCUCUGUGGUGUUUGUGUUCAGGGUGAUGGUGUACGUGGUGGCGGCAGAGCGCGUAUGGAGCGAUGAGCAGAAGGACUUUGACUGCAACACCAGGCAACCUGGGUGCACCAAUGUCUGUUAUGACCACUUUUUCCCCAUUUCCCACAUCCGCCUGUGGGCCCUGCAGCUGAUUUUCGUCACCUGCCCCUCCUUCAUGGUUGUGAUGCACGUGGCGUAUCGUAACGAACGCGAGCGGAAGUACCACGCCAAGCACGGCAAGGAGACCAAGCUGUACGAGAACACUGGGAAGAAGCACGGCGGUCUCUGGUGGACCUAUUUGCUCAGCCUGUUCAUCAAGACAGGCAUCGAGAUUUCCUUCCUCUACAUCCUGCACAAAAUCUACGACAGCUUCUACCUGCCCCGGCUGGUCAAGUGUGAGAUCAGCCCCUGCCCCAAUUUGGUGGACUGCUACAUCGGCCACCCAACAGAGAAGAAGGUCUUCACCUACUUUAUGGUGGGCGCCUCAGCCCUUUGCAUUGUGCUAAACAUCUGCGAGAUAUUCUACCUUGUAGCUAAACGCGUGGUGCGCAUCGGACACAAGAUGAAGAAAAAGCGCAAAAUGCUCCCCGAUGAAGAGUACAGUAAAGGGAAAUCCUGCAGUGACUGUACUCUGCCCAUAUCUAGGCUGGAGAUGCAACCUCUAAAGCCCAGGUUUUCAAGCCACCUUCAGGCCCCCUUAGCGGCUCACCUGCGUGCGUCUGCCCCUGACCUGUCCACUGCAAGAUAGGAUGCCCACUCCAUGUCAAGCCUCAACCACAACAUGGAGACUGAUGGCGCCAAGCCUCAGUGGUCAAGCCCGCUGUAGCUUGUCCUCUGGUGAGACUGUAUUACAAAGGUUCUUCUGACUCUGUUGUCUAUUUAUGUUCCGUAACUCUAUGGCUUUAUACUGAUUUUUUAUUACCUGUGAGCUAGAAAACCCUUUUUUCCAUGUUAUACUGUUUACAUUUCACAGCUAGAAUGAAUAACACUGCCACUUUUAUUUAAAACAUGUUAUAAUUUUAUCCUGUAACAUUAGACAAUUUUACCACCCUGUUCUGGGUCAGCCCUAGGCAUAAGCGACAUAGGUGGCACUCAGGGCCCUGGAUCACUAGGGGAGAGGCGGCCGUAAAUUCGAAUGCUAGGGCCGGCUCUGGCUGCAGGACAGAGACGUGUUUUCACACAGCUAAGCAUGAGUUACCCUCCCAUAGAGGUGGGGUUGCAAAGAUAUCAGAGGUUGCAAAACAAUGUGCUGUGGUAGGGAUGUAGGUUUGAACAUUGCCUGAGGGUAGGGUGGUGUAGUUCUCCAUACCGCUCUGUAAGCAAGCAGAAUUACACAACUAAGUGAACUUCAGUUCUUUCCACAGUGGAUAGGCCUGUGAUUUUGCUAUAAACACUUCAGGGAAAGGUAGUUUGUAACAAUGUUUGCAAAUUGAUUUGUAACUAAUUUUAAAUGAUCUUCAGUAUAGAAAUGCAGUCACUUCCCCUGAUUACAAUAAUUAUCAGCUAAACAGUUGAGACUUCGCUGGUUUACAUGGCAACAUCUGGUCAAAAUGGUACUCAUCAGCCCUGCUAUCUCUGUGGCUAUUUUGCUUCCACUUGAGUAUGUAAUAAGUUAUGUAACAUAUUAUAACAAUUUAACAACAAAGUUGUUUGAGGAGCCUUGUCAAUUGCUUUAAACCAAGAGGAUGGCAUUUAAUUUACUUCCUAUUUAAAUCAAGUCAGAACAAAUCAACUAUCACAAACAUUAUUUUAAAGCAUCUGUGUAAAGCCAAUCUGCAACAAAAAGAAGCCAUUUUGUCACUUGAUCUAAAUACACCUUUUUUUUUACUUAUACUUUUGCAUGGUUCUUCUCAAGUUUAUGUUGCAAAGCCUCAACAGAUUGCAUGUGUUUGUAAAUGCUUGUAAACUAACAAAUGAGGGAAUGCAACAAAGAAUGCUGUGGUUGAAUUGCUGUUCAGGCCCCUGUAUGUAAGUGAACAUUGGGUGAUUGGGAAGUUAGAUUACAGAAAAGCAAAGAACAAGAUGGCUAAGUGGGUGAAACAUAGUUUCUCAGAGAAGAGGUGGGGAUACCUGAUAUCACAUUAUCAGGAGAAAAACCUUCACCAUCUGCUUCACACUGCCAUAUUGUAUGUUAUUUUUUAUUUUUGAUAAAUAAAUUGUUUGUAUAUUUUGAAUUCAAUCUUUUUCAUUGCAGUAGUUAUUUUACAUUUCUUUUGACUUACUGUCUAUAUACUACAAGUACUUUGAUGUGAAUUGGGACUUCUUUUCUAUGAAUUACAGUAUGACCCAUUGUUUCUUGUUUAUACAUGCACAGUCAGUGAAAAUGUGUUUCCUAGGCUAUACUCUGGGUUGAAUCCAAUAGCAGGGUAUACUAGUCAAUGUGGCAAUUCUCAGAUUGAGCAAACAUAUGCGGCAUGUAGUGGGAUCUCUGCAAAGGCAUGAACUUCCUUUUUAAGUGUGUAAUACCCUUACUCCUUUUAAAUCGAAUACAGGCCUAAAUCUUCAAAA